AUGUUGAUCGCUUCCGAUAAUAUUAUCUCUUCUGCUACUGGAAUCCAGCAAGGUGAUCCACUUGGUCCGCUACUAUUUGCGAUGGCUAUUGACGGGGUAGCUCGUUCCAUCGCUUCUCCUUUCAAUAUAUGGUAUCUUGACGAUGCAACGUUGGGAGGAUCCAUCGAGGCCGUAGCUGCUGACCUCCGACGAGUUAUUCCUGCUUUAUCUCUGCUUGGACUUGAGAUUAACUCAUCCAACCCUCUUCUUCUUGAAGAACGGUCUUUCGCUACUGAGUUUCCUCUACACUCUCCGAAGUGCCCUUGCUACCUCGAACAGGAUUUCUUAAAUGAAAUAGAUAUUACAAUUAAGAGAUGUGCGGAGCUAAUUUACAACGUUAAUUUCGAUGACACAGGCUGGAGGCAAGCAAAGUUCCCUUUGAGUUUCGGAGGCCUGGGCCUUCGAUCGGCAGUAGAUUUGGCCCUUCCAGCAUAUCUUUCUUCACUUUCGUCCAGUCGCGAAUUAAUUGAUGAGAUACUCGGUGGAUCGUCUCAGUGUUUCUCGGGUAGUUCUUUCGAACAAGCAUGCAGCGUCUGGGUCCAAGAAUUACUUUCUAUCCCACUAGACAUAAAAUAA